AUGUUACGGCACGACAUACUUCCUGUCGCCAUUGUCUCCGUUCUAUGCACGCUCGCUCUAUUUGGGCUACUGCUCCAACUUAUCCCCAUGCUCGUGCGGUUCCUUCGUCGACGCAACGGAUCACACAUCGUCGAUAUCGAGCAUGCGCCCCGCAGCAACACCGGCUCCACCAGCGGACUCCACACCUUCAAGACCAGCGCGUCGCACCAUCAAAUCUCGCUUUCAGCAUCGUGUCCUAUUGUCGUAGAGCUUGAAGACGACGAAGGGGAGAAGGGAGAGUGGCAACUUGUGCUGACCCCCGCCACGCCACGGAAGGCGAAGGCUGAACGGCUCUGA